UCUUGACCGUGGUAGAUGUGCAGCGCGUGGUCUCACAGUGAAUAACUGGACAAAAUUUUUUAUCUGAAGUUGCAUCGACGAAUCAACACCACACCCGUUUCACACAAUGUCAGAUUUAGAUAUUUUAAAAAGAGAAUGGGAUAAGGCCUUGUCAGAUUUUUGUAGUGCUGAAGUUUCAGAUAAAUGGUGGUCUCAUGUAGUCGAAAAGUAUUCCAGCGAAGACAGAAAGUAUCACAAUCAUGAUUAUUUAUUAAGAACAUUUCAAUUCGUAAAGGAAAACAUAGAAAAAUUAAAAUCACCGCAAGCAGUUGCCAUGGCCAUAUUUUUCCAGAAACUGGAGUACGACCCAAGCUCAGGCGACGGCGACGCUGCCUGCGUGGAGAGAUACAAACAAUUCCUGCAAGAAGCUCAGAUCGACCACGAAGAGGACGAGAGAGCGAAAUGCACCUUAGAGCUGCUGGAGGCGAGCAAAAGUAACCUGACGGAGGAGCACAUGACGGUGGGGAGCAGCGGGGCGGAGGACCGCCACUACCUCCUGGACGCGCUCAUCGCCGUGCUGGGGGCGCCGCCCCCCGAGUACGAACUGUAUACGGCCAGGGUGCAGGCCGAGUAUACCCAUCUCUCUGAUGCUGCCUACAAACAACUCAGGCUCAAGAUUCUGCAAUCUUUGCUGCUCAUCCCGAAUGUUUAUGCCACGCGGGAAUUCCAAGAGCGCUACGAGAAGCAGGCCCGAGAAAAUAUACGCAAGGAAAUAGAGAAACUGAAGCAAUCGCAACAUUGAGAUCGCAAGCGCAAUUCCAGAAUUGGAAUUCAAGUCAACUGCAACGAACUCUACGCUUGCUAUACUACCAAUCACUAAUUCAGUAGCAUAAGUGAAAGAAUUUUUAUACUACGUUGAAAUUUUUUCUAAAGAAGUUCAGAUUUAUUACCUCGAAAAUAUAACUGAGAGCAUAAAGAGCAAAAUUAUCCGGCGAGUCAGCAAGCGUUUCGAUGUCAUUGCAAUGAAACUGAAUGAGGACUGCGCAUGCCAGUCACAAGCGAUAGUGAACAGUUUUUAUCUGCCUAAUCGCUAGGCUGUAUUGACAAUCCUUUUGAUCAUUUCUCAUUCAGAUUGACAGGGCUACAUUCUGGGUCUAGCAUAAUGCAAUGCUCCUGAUUUCAAAAAUUGUUUUUAUCUUUACAUCAAAGCAUUAAAAUAACGUUUUUAAACGAAGUGAACACGGUUUGAGCUUAUUCUAGUGGUGGAAGGUCGUCUAGAAUGAUUCACGGAAACUUAUUCAUUUGAAAGCGCAAUAAAAAAAAGAACUAGU